AACAAAAACAUGAUGGGGGAGUGAGGGGCAAGCGGUGAGACACUCAAGGCUCACAAUAGAACAACGCAAAUAGACGUUCGCCAGCCCAGACUGUUGCUUUGUCAUGGCUACAGCAUGUGUCCCCAACAAAACGUGUCAAUCGUUUUAUGUAAACACCGCUGACAGGAAGAGCGGGCUCAUACAAAUGAAAGGCGGGCUUUCUUGAAAAUACUUCGAAAAACCGUCUGAUUUCUCUGUUCGACUUCGUCUAAACUGCUAGGUAUGCUCUCUGAUUGUUGUUUGAAUGACUGCAAACGUGCUAGAUCGCAUUAGAGUAACUGCAGCGCAAUGGAACGGAAGAAAGUCUCGCUGAGUCUGAAAACGGGCACUUCGAGGAACAGAUCGAAGGAACCAUCAACAGCAGGUAGAUGCAUCACUCCCAAAGGCACAAGCGAAAGGAAGGGCAUUUUAAAGGAAGGCAUAUCAAACAAACCUAAUCUUCCUGGGUCACCGCUAUCAAAAAGUGGAAGUUAUCUGAAUACUCUGGAGAAAUCAAAGUUCCAAAAUGAUGGCUUGGACUUUCACUGCUCGUUUGAAACUGACGGAAGCUCUGAGCAGGAUAUUGACAUUCCCUGCACCCAACCAGUAUCACACGACAAGAUACUUGAAGGUGUUGUUGCAUUCAUUGAGGCACGUUCCAACACUGAAAACAGAUUUGAAGGAAUCUCAAAACAGAUGGAAAUGCUGGGAGCAACAGUAAGUCACAUACUGCAAAUUCAAAACUGCGACAACCCUUGUUACAUUCUAUUUCAGCAGCCUUUUCCAAUGGUUGCUUUUGGGGCUCGUCCACUUUUGGGUGUUUUAAAGUAUACUGCAUACAUGUAUGGAACAAGUUAUUUUCAAAUAUAUGGGUCAGCCUCAACAUGCAUACAUGUACAUGUAUUAGUACAGUAACUUGUUAAAUGUUGAUGGAAAUAUUGAGACACAUAAUAUACAUUAAUAUAUAACUGUACAGGACAAAAAUUAUUAGCUGGUCUGGUAUUGUGUAGUUCCA